ACUAAAAUUAUGCAAUAACAACGGUAAUGAAUUACGGAGUAUGAAUGAAACGGAAGAAGUAUCAUCACUCUCUUUCCAACACACCGUGCUGGGUUCUAACAGCAACUCAAAGCUUGACCUCCACAUUAAUUUCCUUGUAAUUUCAUCAUUUCGCUCCUUAUUUCAAACAUCUCCAAUUCACUACUGAAAUUAAAGGAAUCCAUUAAUAUCUCUUAAAAUCUCACAUAACCCCAGAAAAAUUGGGGUUGAAUUGAGAUCUCGGCAAUUAGGGUUCUUCUCUGAAUUUUCCGGAUCAAUUGGAAUUCAUAAAUGGCGGCCAUUUAUAGUUUAUACAUAAUCAACAAAUCUGGAGGUCUCAUUUACUACAAGGAUUAUGGAUCAGCUGGUAGAAUGGAUACAAAUGAUACAUUGAGAUUAGCGAGUUUAUGGCAUUCAAUGCACGCAAUUUCUCAGCAAUUAUCGCCUGUUUCGGGUUGUUUUGGGGUUGAACUUCUCGAAGCCGAUACCUUUGAUCUUCAUUGCUUCCAAUCUCUCACUGGAACAAAGUUCUUUGUGGUAUGUGAACCCGGAACACAACAUAUGGAGCUUCUCUUGAAGCACAUUUAUGAGCUAUACACAGAUUAUGUGCUAAAGAAUCCUUUUUAUGAAAUGGAGAUGCCUAUACGCUGUGAGCUCUUUGACAUCAACCUCACUCAAGCAGUGCAGAAGGAUCGUGUUGCCUUGCUAGGCCGAUGAUUGAUCAUAAUCACUCAAGACAAAACUACCAUUUUUGUAAAUUGCUUCUUUUAAAACUUUUCUCUCAUUAUGUUUCAUGAGAUUGCAGUCUGCUGCGCGUUUUGAGUUUGUCUUGCUGAUGAGUAGUUGUAAGAGGAUGGCCUCUUUCUGGAAUCAGGUUAUCUGGUAUGUUAACUGCAGAUACAUGGGGUAUCAGAGUAUAAUUAAUUUGUCUUUCCAGUACUUGGGUAUAUUGGAACUUUGAAAUGAUUGUGUUAUCAUUCUAAAUGACCUAUAAAUGAUUUGUAUCUCGGUUAGU